GGCAUGCUAUCCUACUAUUUUACUCCCAUUUCCCCGCACAACCCAAACCACUCCAAAAUCAAAUUGAAAUUGAAAAUUGUCCCUUACGCGUCCCCAACCCCAAAGCACUCACUUAUUUUAAAAACCCCAAUAACUCCAAAAAAGACAACACCAUUACGCCAACAACACAACACCAUUACGCCAACAACACAACACACAACCUUUCAUUUCAACCCUUACUGUUGCUUCUCCUCCUAACAUGGUUCCAGACAGACAACACGGUGGCGGCGGAGGAGCACCACACGGCAUUCUCCUAGCCGUCGUCGUAGCCAUAGUCGUAAUCGUCCCUUUUCUUCUCGGAGAUCAAGGUGAAGCCGUCACCGAAGCUAUAUCCGAGCUCUUAAGUCCACUCGGUCUUCUUCUCUUACCAAUCAUCCUUCUCCUCACUAUCCAGUUCCUCUCCUCCGAACGCGGCUCGUUCAUUUCAGCUAUUUUCUCCACCGGAGAGCCUGAUACCAUCCACCGUGUUAGUGGAUCUCCCUUCGGAGUCGCGCUCUUCCUUGUUAUCAUUCUUGUGCUUUUGUAUAACCGGUUUUCUAUCUUCGGCGGUGGCGAUUCAGAUGACUGAAACUCUUCUUGUUUUUCUAGAUCUGAGUUUUUUUAUUUUUUAUUUUAUUUUAUUUUACUAAAGCGCGUUGUUGUGUAUAUGUUAGUAUGAAUUAGUAUCACUUUAUUUUGUAAGGAAAAAGAAGCUGAGUAUUAUGUGAAAGGAAUUUGAAUUUGAAUUUGAACUUGAUCA